AUGGCGACCAAUGGCCAUUUUGCCCCCAUUGGCAAUGACAGCAGCGAUAAGACGACAUACGAGCAUGGCGUCCAAGUAAUAGACGAGAACAAGGAAUUCAACACGAACUUAGCCAAGUAUCUGAGCUACGAAAAUGUCGCACCCGCUGGCUUCAACUACCACCUCAUCUCAGUCUUCGGUUCUCAGUCAACCGGUAAAUCGACACUCCUUAACAACCUCUUUGGCACCCACUUCUCCGUCAUGGCCGAAACGGAAAGGCGUCAGACGACCAAGGGUAUCUGGCUGUCCAAGAACAAGAAAGGGGGCGAUAAAUCUAUGGCCGAUAACAUCUUGGUUAUGGAUGUGGAGGGUACCGACGGACGUGAGCGGGGAGAGGACCAAGACUUUGAACGCAAGAGUGCGCUCUUUGCGCUCGCAACUAGCGAGGUCCUGAUCGUAAAUAUUUGGGAACAUCAAGUUGGUCUGUACCAAGGUGCCAAUAUGGGCUUGCUCAAAACGGUCUUUGAGGUCAACUUACAAUUAUUCUUGAAGGACAAGAAUACCACCCACCGCUCUCUUCUGUUCUUCGUAAUCCGUGACUUUGUCGGCACGACGCCGCUCAAGGCUCUACAGAAAACAUUGAUGGAAGACAUGGCGCGUCUAUGGGACUCGAUAUCUAAGCCCGCGGGUCUGGAACGCGCAGCAGUGCAUGAUUACUUUGACUUCCAGUUCUACGGGCUUCCGCACAAGACAUACCAGCCCGAAAAGUUUGUUGAAGAAACAAAGAAGCUAAGUCUUCGUUUCCACGAGGGCCAGAAAGACACAGCCCUCAAUGCGAGGAACGGUGAGUUCUCAGAGGGCGGUGUUUUCCUCCCUGAGUAUCACCGUCGCAUCCCCGCGGACGGGUUCUCCGUGUAUGCAGAAGGCAUUUGGGAUCAAAUUGUCAACAACAAAGAUUUGGACCUGCCGACUCAACAGGAACUCCUCGCCCAAUUUCGGUGUGACGAGAUCCUCAGAGAGGUGAUGAUCGUCUUCGACGAGGUCAUUAUUCCUUUUGAAGACAAGCAGUCCCAGGCCUCUCGUCUCGGGCAACCUGAAGUGCUUGGAGGAUUGGGUGCGGUCAUGCGAUCAGCACGAGCCAAGGCGACGAAGAAUUUCGAGACAGAAGCGAGUCGAUACCACAAGGGUGUUUAUCAGCGAAAGCGAGGUGAGCUCGAGAACAAAGUUGAUACCCGUCUGAAGGCUCUUCUCCAGGGUCAACUGAACGCGGCGCACAAGUCUGGCAUCAACGAGUUCAGCGAGGCUGUUACAGCCGCUGUGAAGGCGGGCCAGAAGAAGGGCACAGGCUAUGACUUUGCAGAAAUUGUCAACGACGAAGUUAAGAAGGCCAUGGAGAAAUUCAAAGAAGUUGCUCGCGCAACUGUGGUGGAGGGUGCGCCUUGGAGCGAUUACAAGCAGCAAUUGGCACUAUACGAGAAGGAGCUUGCAGAGGUCAGCGGCCGUUUGAGAAGGGACGAGAUGAGGCGACUGGCAACCCGCGUCGAACGUUGGGUUCAAUCUCGCUUGGGCGAGUCCGUUGGUCUAGAAUUCAAUGCUCUUGGCUCAGGACGUGCUGGCGGUGGUGCACCGGAAUCCGGUGAAAAGCCGACAGAGACGAAGUUCUGGGAUCGUGUCUGGAACGUUUUUGUCGAGACAGUUCUCGAUGCUGAGAGGAGAUUCACGGACCGCGCUAGCAGCUUCGAUGCCAGUUUGGAGGAAGUGGAUGUUGGUCUAUGGAGACUGCGCAGGAAGUCUUGGGGUGUUUUGCGUGCCAAGAUCGACGAGGAGAUGAUUGAAGGAAACCUUUUGCUGAAGCUACGCGAGAACUUCGAGGACAAGUUCCGUUAUGAUGAAGCCGGUGUCCCAAGGAUCUGGCGCCCCACCGACGACAUCGAGGGCAUCUACACCAAGGCCCGCGAGUCGACUCUCACCCUGAUACCUCUUCUCUCCAGAUUCCGGCUAGCGGAAACUUCAGCCCCACCUCCACUAGACCGUUGGGUCGGACACACACCUAGCUCAGCGAGUCCCGCAGACGAAGAAGAUCUGGCCCCCAUUGGUGGUGUGGACGAAGAGGAAGGCAAGAGCCUAGAGGAGGAAAUGACGAUCCUUGGCGACUCGAAACGCCAGGAGCUCACGGUGCGAUUCAAAAAGUCUGCGGAUGGAGUGUACGUCGAGGCCAAGCGGAGUGCGAUUGGAGGCAUGACACAGGUUCCCUUGUACUUCUACGGUAUCCUCCUUGCUCUCGGAUGGAACGAGAUAAUUGCUGUCCUCCGCAACCCUGCCUACUUCUUCUUGCUCUUUGUGUGCGCUGUCGGCGCAUACGUGACCUACCAGCUUAAUCUCUGGGGUCCAAUUCUGAAGAUGACGGAAGCUGCAUCGAACCAGGCGAUGGUCGAGGGCAAGCGUCGGCUGCGCGAGUUCCUCGAGUCUUCGGACACCGGACGGCAGGCAAUUGCCAUGUCAAGCUCUGGUGGCUCUUCAAAAUCUGGCGAAGAGCACGAGAUGUCCCGACUCAACAAACAGGGAAAGUCUUCGACUGACGAAGAUGUGGAUGACCUAUGA